CGGCCAUGAAACUGCAUCAGCGAAAUGGAAGUCGUGGUUUGGAUGGUAUGUAAGCAAAGGCACAAGAUAUUCUCUGAACCCUAGAUGAAACAAUAUCUGAUAUGAGAAAAUUGGAGAAGAAUUUGACGACAUGUAAAUUUUCUUUAAAAGUGAAUCACCAAAGCCUUGUCUUCAAAGAGACGCUUAGAAAAAUAUUUGACGAAGGACGACAGAGAAACUGUUGUCUCUAAAAAUGUCUCGAUGGAGAGCCUUCGCAGGCCGGCAUUUACGAUGGUCCAGCUCGAUAACCCAAGGACUGAUUUUGUGUGUUGUAACAUUUGGCAUGAUACUUCCCCUAUGUUGUCACCAUUUACUCUAUUCAUAUUAUUUUCUGAAGUUUAUCUAUCUAGACCACAUGAGUGAGAUGGCACUGCAGGUGAGUCAUGAAAGAGGCCAAAAAGCACUAGAGUUCUGGGAGAACUUAGACACCACACAGGCCUUAGAUGUUCCUAUGGCAACCGUACAGGACAGACCUGAGCUCUUGGUCACUGUGGUUACCACCAGAAGGAAAGAGGGCUGGGAUUUUCACUAUCUCCUACAAGUGAUGCAGCAGUUAGUAUCUCUCCUCAAAAGGUGUGGGGAAAGACCCUGUGCGGAGGUAAUGGUGUGUGAUAUUGAAAGUGGACCGUUACAUAAUGAGGAUGCCUCUCUGCUGGAAAAACAGUUUUUAGUUGUGAGAAAGACAUUGGAGGAGCAGAGGGAAAGCAGAGGUUCCUUGAACAUUUUUGAGAAGGAAAAGAGGGACUAUGUUUAUUGUCUCCGGAAAGGAUGGGAAUUGAUGAGGCCUAAAAAUGUCGUGAUUCUUGAGGACGAUGCACUUCCAAGAGCAGAUUUUUUUGCUGUGAUCCAGAAUUUACUGUCUCGGAGAUUCGCCAUGGACUCUCUGUAUAUCAAGCUCUACCACCCAGAACGACUGCAGAGGUACUGGAACCCGGAGCCGUAUCGUAUCCUGGAGUGGGUGGGCCUGGGUUUUGUGGGAGCUACUGUGCUCCUCCUGACCAUCUCGUACCGCACUCCUCUUGCUUUCUCCCUUUCUGCGCCCCAUCUGCUUUUUCUAACCCUUUAUGUAAUGGCUGUGGUGGAGCUGAUUGGAAGACACUAUCUGCUGGAACUACGACGUGUUUCUCCUCAACUUUACGCAGUGUCCCCUGCCACAGAAUGCUGCACUCCUGCCAUGCUGUACCCUGGAAAUGCCUCCCUUCGAGUAGCAGAGUACCUGGACCGGGUCUCUUGUGCUAAAGGAAGUGCAAAAGACACCGUGCUCUACCACAUAGCCAGGUCAACACCAGGCGAGAGAGCUCAUAGCGUAGAACCCAAUCUGAUUACGCAUAUCGGAGCGUUCUCCUCAGUCAGGGCCAACCCAGCUCGGCCCAAGUUAAUCUGAGUAAGAGAUUCACAGCUACCAUCCUCAGGGACUCCACGUGCUGGUUUUGUGUCUCAACCUAUUUCUUUUUUCACACAGAUUUUAUGUACUGGAACACACAAGUUAACAAAUAGUGAAUUCCACAUUUUAGAGAACUGAAUGUCAUUUUUUAAAACAUUUCGGGCUCACAUAAGACUUCUAAUCAGUGAAUGUGGAAUGUAGCUAUCACACAGUACCAUAAUAACCGUCAUAAUGUCAUGACAGUCUUAUUGUCAUGUGACAUAUCACUACUGUUGCACUAUUUUACAGCUUUGUAUCACUAAAAAUAGUUUAUCACAUGUGCAGAUGAUCACUCUAAAUAUUUUCUCCAUGGUAAAUUUUAUUUAAAGGAUACACUUGUUUAGCAGUUUGGCUGUGCUAAAUAAUCACACUUGCUGUUUUGAAAUGGAAGUGAUGAUGUAGAUUAGAUAAGCAGUGGCUGGGAUGCUUGGUUGGAUUGAAUUGAAUAUCAAAACCCUCCCGUGAAGUUGGCUUUGUUUCCAUAUACUUCAUAAAAAAGGGAAUUUUUUUUUAAAAAAAGCAGUGACGAUCAAGAUCCUGUUGAUUUGUGAUUUUCACUCUGCAUA